AUGUGUUUGAUUUCUCCUCCUUUCGAUGGAACUAGUUAUGGAGGAUGGAGAAAAUCAAUUUUGAUUGCUUUAUCUGCUAAAAAUAAGCUAGGUUUUAUUGACAACAGUUUGGUCAGGCCUAAGGAUGACUCACCAGAUUUGCGAUACUGGAUAAGGUGUAAUGACAUGGUGUUUGCCUGGCUUUUGAAUUCCCUUACUCCAGACAUCAGGCCCAGCGUGAUUCACUCUAAAUCUGCAAGGAUUCUGUGGAAACAGCUUGAAGAUAGGUAUGGGCAAUCCAACCUAGCACAAUCAUUUGAAUUGCAAAAACAACUAUUAGAAACAGUGCAAGGAUCUUCCAACAUUGCUACUUACUUCAACAAGAUAAAAGCUAUAUGGGAUGAAAUAGAAUUACUUGAUGCAAGGACUGUAUGUCUUUGUGUUGAUUGUAAGUGUGGAGCUAAUGAUAAGAAUGAUGCACUUGAAGAGAGAUAG